UCCACCAUUUGUGUUGUUGGGCCUGGCCGGCCGAUCAGAGAGGGAAAAUACCAUAUACCGAUGGUAACCACAUUUGGGAGAGGAUCACAUACCAUGAACUCCAUCUUCGUCAAGCCGAUGAUCCGGAAGGCAUACCACAGGAAGAGCUCACCCCCCGAGUCGUCCAUCAGGGAGACGGUGAAAAUGGAGGCGGAGGAAAUGAAGAGCAAGAGCCAGGGUGAUCGAGGGAGCGGCCGCAGCUGGGUCCCCCAUGAAAGGACAGGGAUCUAUUAUCCAAAGGGACAGGAGAAAGUGAUUGAGGAUGUCCCUUCUGGUGCUGCAAAGGACAUUGGCAUCAAUUGGUUCAGCUACCACAAGGAAUGAACAUAUAUAUGAAUGAACGAUUGAAUGAACGAGAAUGCAUGCAUCCAGCCUGCUGCCAACAUAUUCAUAUAUAUAUAUUAUUUUUUUUCCAGUCUCAUUUAUAAAUCUCAUGAUAUAUAUCUAUAUGCGGUCGUAAAAUAAGUAUUAUAUAUGACAUGUCAUAAUUAAAAAUGAAGUGCAUGCGAUGUGGAAUAAGGGGACAAGUUUUAAGUCGUUGUUUAGCCUAGAGAUGGCGGGGAGUUAGAAAUGUGCGGGGACGAAUGAUCAUGUGCAUAGAGGAAAGGUCAUGAGAUUGGAAGCCCAUCGAGUAGUUGAGUACAUGCAUGCAUGGAGAUCAUGGAUUGUAGAUUACCAAUAUGAGAUCGGUUGACACACA